CGCGCGGCGGAAGUCGACGGCGCGGUCCAGGCGCGAGUCGUUGGCCGUGAGAGGAGGAAGCGUUUGGGGGCGCGACAAACUUCUUUUAAAUUAACGUUACACAACGAGGGAACUCGCGUGCCAUUUUACUGUUGUACGCACAGCGAUAACAACCGAGCGCGAGCCGAGAACUAUCUGCGGAAUCAGGUGGGAACGGUGGUCACCCGAUGGAGUGAGCGGUCCCGCCAUGGGAAUAUGGAAUUUCCUCCACUGGUUGUACAGUGAAGAAAAGCACCCCCUCUUCACGGUCGUCUGAAUGAGAAACCACGUUGACUUGACGAAGCACUUGAUCACACGGUUUGUGUUCAGCAACAUGGAGCAUGGAGGAGACACACACAUGGAGGUAGAGCACGCAGUUGACCCCUUCGCUUUAGACCCCGAGCCAAACCGACGCAUCAUGGACAUGAAUCUCCAACUCGAAGACUCUGUUCCCCCUACCACCAACGACAACCAGGAACCUACAAGCUCCACAAAUCAACAUCGCACAGCUUUCCCCUACGGUGCCGAUCGCGACCCAGGCGCGGUCGCAAAUUUGCUUAUGUAUGAAGACGUUGAAACGCUUGAAGCUAACACUGCUGCCACACAAGCAGCGAUGCAGCAGCGGCAUGUCAGUGGAGUCGAGGGAACGGCUGGUCUGUCCAGAAGGAGGCCGUGGCGUUUCCGGACGUAUGCGGCGCUCGGAGAGGCGUCGGGCCAAUCGCGGUCGCGGCCGCACGACACUCGGAGCGCACGGUCCACGAGGACGGGCGGUUUGAUGGAAACCGCUCCGGCGACAACGGCUGCGGCGGCGACACGGAGAUCCACUAGGACUGGUGGAGGUGUCGGGAGUGGCGCCGCCAGGACCCAUCAUGAGGUGUCUUCAAAUCUUCUCGCCAGCUUCUUCCGUGCGCAGGGAGCCACACUUAUGCAGAGGGACGUGCAGAUCGUGCUGGGUUCUGCGCGAGCCAACGGCGGCGACGGUGAUUCCUCCGAUUCGGCCUCGGAUCCCGGGAACCAGGAGCCGAUUGAGCUGAGCGGCUCCGACGUGGACCCAUACGACGAGAGCACUGAGGAGGCGGAGACGGCCUCUAUUGUCGACAGUGGCGAUCUGGAUGCCUUGUCAGAAGAUGGACAUGAAAAUGAAGAGCAGCUUCCAUCUGCAAAUAAUGAGCCCACAGCAGCUCCACCUAGCGAUCUGCAGGCGGGCGGCCCCGUGGCUGGGUCGGCGGGACUCGGUGCGGGGGCGUCGGCGGGAGAGGGAGCCGGUGCCGGGGCGGCAGCGGGAGAGGGAGCCGGUGCCGGGGCGGCAGCGGGAGAGGGAGCCGGUGCCGGGGCGGCAGCGGGAGAGGGAGCCGGUGCCGGGGCGGCAGCGGGAGAGGGAGCCGGUGCCGGGGCAGUGCUGCCGAGGCCCUGCAAGCUGCCCACCGCCGCUUCACCAGGCGAAGAGGAACAGGACCUGUGCCCCGUGUGCUUUGAGGCGUGGACCAAUGCAGGAUCCCACCGCCUGUGCACGCUUCGCUGCGGCCACCUCUUUGGAUAUUCCUGCAUCGACAAGUGGCUCCGUGGCCAAGGGGGCAGGUGCCCACAGUGCAACAAGAAGGCGAAGCGCUCCGAGGUGGUUGUCCUCUAUGCCAAGUCGAUCAAGUCCGUGGACACGAGCGAAGAGGAGCGUUUGAAGAGCGAGCUCGCGGCGCAGCAAGUGCAGCGGAGGAAGGCCGAGCUGGAGUCGGCUCAGUGCCGCCUGCAGAUGCAGGUGGUGUCGGAGGAGUAUCGCAAGCUCAAGCACCAGCUGCAGGAGCUCCGCUCCACACUGUCCCAAUACGGCGCGGGGUCGAGCUGCACACCGUCGAGCCAGGGAGAGGGCAGCGGCGCCGUCGGCACCUCCCAAAUAUACAACUUCACCAAGGGCCUCACCGUGUCGGCUGGCGGUGGAUGCCGCGUCAUGGCCUUCUCGUCCGCCCAGGGGUGCCUCGUGGCCUCGCAGCCCUCGCCCCAUGCCUCCUUCAUGCCAGGUUUCGGAGUGAAGAAGAUCAGUGGCGGGGACCUGAAGAGCACGCAGUACGUGCCCAUCCACAGCAACCAAAUACGUGGCCUCUCCUUCAGCAGCCACGGCGACAGCCUGCUGCUGUCCGCCUCGCUUGACAACACCGUCCGCAUCACCAGCCUGACGAGCAACACGGUGGUGCAGACGUACCAGGCGGGCAAGCCCGUCUGGAGCUGCUGCUGGUGCGGCGACGAACAAAUGUACCUCUUUGCGGGGCUCCUCAACGGCACCAUCCUGGUGUACGACAUGCGGGACACGCGCACGCACGUGCAGGAGCUGCCCCCACAUGGCGUCAGGUGCCCUGUGGCAUCGCUGAGCUACAUUCCGCAUGGGGGCACGUCCCCAUUGGUGGCCCUGCCGAUGGGCGGGAUCCUCGCCGGGACCCUGGAGGGCAGCUGCUUCUGGGAGCGCCGACCGGGCGGCAGCUUCGUGCCACACGCGCUGUCGGCGGAGCCCGGCGGCGGAUGCAUCGACGUGCAGUGCGAGCCCCACAGCCGCCACUGCCUCGUCACCUACCGGCCCGGCCGGACCCAGACGUCGGUGCGCUGCGUGAUGCUGGAGCUGGAUUCGGUCCCGGAGCCGGAGCCCGGAGACCCUGCGCGCGUCCGCGUUGCCUGCAACCCCGUGCAGACGUUCCACACCGGCUCCACGUGCAAGCUGCUCAACAAGAACGCCAUCUUCCCGAGCCCCGCGCACGACGGCAGCCUGCUGGUGUGCACCGGAGACGAGGCCUCCAACUGCGCCAUGGUCUGGAAAUCCACCACAGGCUCUCUUCUGCAAAAGCUGCCAGCUCAACAGCCGGUGCUAGACAUAUGUCCCUUCCAGAUGAAUCAACACAACUACCUGGCCACGCUAACCGAGAAGAUGGUGAAGCUAUACCAGUGGGGUUAGGAUUGGUGAAGGCCUCGAGGGGAGCUCGGACUUUGCACAACAACGACAGCGAUUGGCAAAAUGCAUCCUGAACGAAAAGCACCCACCCGGGUGGCGCUUUCAUUAAAAUGAUCCCCACUCAAAAGUGUUCACAUUAACUUUGUUUAACCAGGGUGAGAACUCGAGAUACCCUCGGAUCAGUCUCAUUUGCAAGAUUGCCCUGGAUCACCAAGAUUGCCCUAGAUCACCAAAGUGACAAGCAAAACAAAUAAGUACAUAGGUGAAGCAAAAUAGAAAUCUGAAGGAAAAAAACCUGUGUUUGAUGAGAAAUUGAAAUAUUGUACUAUCAUUAAUCAAUGUUUCAUUUUUAAAUCUGUUUAGUGUAAGUCGGAUUGGGCAGAUGUUUUUUCAGACUGAGCAUAGCACAAUUACAAAAUUAAGUUACACAAACGUUAAAACAGAUGCAGGGUGACCAAGGUCGUGGGUUCGACUCAGCUCUUCAUCCCUCCGAAAGUAAUAAAUUGAUGCCAACGUGGUUGUCUUGUGGAGAGACUGCCCCUGGCCUGGGAAUGUGGGUUGUCCCAGGCUGGCUCGAGGUCCACCAACAGAAGAUAAGUGCCGCCCCAUUGCUCGCGUAUAGCAGGAAGACGGUUUGAAAGUUUGGACUUUGAAAUUAAAAACCACCGCCGAUGUCGUUUUGGAGUUGAAUGCUGUAAACUUCCCACUCCAGUGCUUAUGCAUCUUGGCCUGCUGAUGCAUUAUCUUAAUCUUGGGAGGAUGAAAAUAAGGAGACCAAAUUAGCACUGUUAAAGCGAAUGACUGUUCUCUGUGACACGCCGCAAGCUGCGGACGGCAGUCUUGAGAUCACGCACAUCUGACUGUCCCUGCAGCUGGCAGACCAGUUUACUUGUGCCGUGCGGGCCAAAUAAAGUUACACGUGCGAACGUAAAAUGUAUAAAAAAGUAUAUAUAUUUUUUUACAUUUGUUAAAAAUUUAAUGGGUGGGAAUUAGUAGACAUUAGUGUUGGGGGGGGGGGGGACAACUGUUAGGUCGAUUGUAUUCCAUUUAGGCUGACUGAGAUCGCCGCUGUUCGCCGAGGUUUGCUCGUCAAGUCCAGCGGCCGCAAUGGUUAUUAGUCGCGGGCGUAUUCGCAACUUAAAGUCUGUCCCUGUAGUGGACGUUAAAGAUCCUGUCAUGUUGUUCACAAGAGUGUCGGCCCAUUGUGUUUGCCUGCGUCAUGGUCCAAUUUUUAAAAAAAAUUAAUGUUACCCGCAAAUUACUCAAUUGGAAUAUACAUAUCGAUUGUUGCCCCAUAUUCAAAACCCUGGCAGGAUCCUCCUGAAAACGAGUUAUGAGAAAACGAGUGAUAUUUUGCUGUAUAAACAAGUAUAAUAAAUAAUUUUAGUUAGUGACUUAACUUAUUUGACCUUUUAUAUUAAAAAAUGUAUCACUAUGUGGGUGAAUAUGAACCAAUGUCAGUCAGUUUAUGUAUACAAUCCAAUAUUUGAGUCGAAAAUGGAACCACAUUUUAACUAGUCAAAUUGUAUUAUAGGGAGCACAUUAAUCAUCUGCCAAGAUCCAUCCACUGCUCAAUGAAAGCCUAAUCAAUCCAUAAUAGUCUCUAAAUGCAAUAAAUAAUCCACUUAGCAUAUCCAUACGAGCCGGACUCAUCGUUGCAGCUACACAGUGGAUGACCUUUAAAGCGUGGCCCCCCUCAUUUUGGCUGCCACUCCCAUCAGCAGUCUCAACCAAUGGCCAUGCAAUCCCUUCUCGAAACGUGUCCUGCCCAAGCCCACGUUUCUUAACCCUCAAUAUAAUGUCUAGAGCUUGUCUUCUCUGAUCCAUGUGGUCCUCUGUGCAAUUCCAAGCACUUUUCGGCUUUUGUUCCACACUAUUUGUCAAUGUCGAUCUUCAUGUUCCUGUCAUAGCAGGGAAUACUUUAUGAGAGCAUAAUGAAAGUACAAAUCCUCCCAACAGAACAUGUUAAAAUAUAUUCAGAAUACUGUAACAGACCACAUUCACAUUUCAAUUUAAAUACUUUCAUAAUACUUUGAAUUUCAAUAAAAAAAAAAGUUGAACUUUAUACAGCAGCGCAUUGUGGCGGGUACCAAAUUUCACUCAAAUUGUGAGCAAACGAAAGGAGAAUGAGCAUUGUUAAGGGACGCGAACACGCAAAUUGCGGCCAGGAGAAAAACUGGCGAGCCGAGACUUCCCCCUGCGGCGUGGCGGGUCGUGACGCUUCUGCCGAUUGGCACUCUGCGUGCGAGCAUGGAAUCUCGUGAGCUGCCUGGAUCACAGCCUCGACGUCGGUGGUUCUGGACGACCACAGAAGCUGAAAGAAAGGGUUCCAACGAUCGGAUCGGUCUUCGGAAGAAUUCGACCCUCCGAUUGCUUAGCUACUCGAAUCAAACCUCAACUCGAGUCGAUGAAGAUCGCACGCGGUGACGAUUGGGGGAAGAUCGCGGGUUCGUACCGAAGCCCGGCGUCGUCUUCGCCCAUCUGGAAUCGAAAAAGCGAGUACCACUGUGUGAGCAGUCGAUGGUGCUUGUCUUCUAGAGAAACUGGACCCCUCCAUAGGAUUGUGGCGUUUCCACUGCCGGCUCACAGCCUCCAAUGGGGGAUGAGCGGUGGACCUUUGCGAGCGCACCACCAUGAUUUGCCCAGGACAUUAUAGGACGUCACUAAAGUUUGGUUUGUUGAGAGAAUGGCGCUCGUUUUGGGAACGAGGACUUUUCGCAACAGGCUCAGGGCUGGUUAUAGAUAUAUAUGUUUGAUCUUCACACUUGCGUUAACUGUUUACAAAUAAAGUACGCUUUUUCAAGAAAA